CCAACGUCAACCUUACUCUCAACGUCACGCCUACGCCUAUGCCUACGAGCCAGUCUACGCAACCAGCAACCAGCAACCGCAUCGCCGUGUAUUGCUCUCUACUGCCUGCUGCUGCCUGCUGAAGCCUUUUGCCUUCUGCAUCCAGACAGUGCCCAUAAGAGUGCACCCUUAGCCCAGGACCUGUCGUUGGACCUCUUGGCGGAACCUCUCAUUCCCCAUUACCACUUCAGCAUUGCCCACCACAACGCCAGUCCCUCUAGCGAGCCCACCCCAUUCCCAUCUUCUACUGGUACUAUCAAAUCUCCAAAUCCAAGACCUGUCCUUCAAGCCACCAAUCACAAGCUUGGACCUAAUCACCCACCCCCUCGACCAUAGCCGUUCAGUCACUUUGAACCAGACACGAUCACGAGGCAUCUUUUCAGGUUCAGAAACAUUCAGGUUAGCGGCGACCCCUGUCCAGCUUCAAAGGUCAUUGGACACCCUCAAUCAAGUUGCAUUUCAAGCCAGUCGUGUUAUUUCCUGAGGGUCGAUCAACGCACGACAUACGUGCAGACCAACUCUCAAUACUUCCCUAGCAAAAAGAAGGCCGUUGAUUGCGGUCGUUGCCCCCGUUGGUCGUUUUGCUCUCCAACCUCUUUUCUCCGUCUUUCUGAAGCGCGGCAACGUCCUCGACGACUGGGCAGGGCGAGGUUAUUACAACCUUAAAUUCACAUCUACCGACUGCAGGUGCUUUAGCGCGCAAGCCUCAAUAUCCCAGCUAUGGCAUCCUCAUCAUUCAGAGAAUCCAUGAACUCUCUCGGCUGGUCACGCCGGGAGCCGGAUGUGCCCGUCAACACUGCUCAGCAGACCGGCCUCUUAUCGUCGAUUAAGUCGUUGAAUCCAUUCGGAGAUAGUGGCUAUGUUAGACUUCCCACCGUCGAGGGUGCAGGAGCACCCCUACCCGCUAGAACUCGUCGUGAAGAGGAGGAGGGAUGGUUUGCCUGUGAGUCAACGAUUACCAUUUACUUCUAGUUCCACGGUCCCUGCAGCAGCCAUCUUGAAAGUCUAUGUGUGACAUGCAGAAUGGUGGCGCAGAUCUACUUCGUAUUCUCAAGGGAAAGAGACGUAUAGGCUAACACAAAUUCAUGUAUAGUGAGCAGAUGGGACCGACUUCUCCUUUUCUCUGGCUUCAACAUUGGAGCUGCAGCCUGCUUCGUGAUCUGUUUUGUUAUGUGGCCAAUCAUGGUUGCCAAACCUAGCAAAUUCGCGACCUUGUAA